AUGAAGUCCGUUUUUGCCGUUGUGCUUUCGUUGGCAAGUCUCGCGGCGUGCCACUACACUUUCCCGACCCUCAUCGUGAACGGUGCCCCAUCUGGUGAAUGGGUCAACAUUCGCCGGACCAACAACUACAACACCCAGGCACCUGUCACCGAUGUGACGAGCCAGGAUCUUCGGUGCUACACCUCCGAGACUCGGGCGACGGCGACGACCGUCGACGUUGCUGCUGGAUCUCAGCUGGGAAUCAAGGCUAACGGUAAUGCGUACCAUCAAGGAGUCGCCAAUAUCUACAUGGCCAAGGCGCCAUCGACUGCCGCGGGAUGGGAUGGAAGCGGCAACGUUUGGUUCAAGGUUCAUGAAGUACCCGCAAUUGCGAACGGCCAGACCAUCACCUUCCCAGGAUCGAAUGUGGACACCUUUACCUUCACCAUCCCAAGGAGCCUUCCUUCUGGAGAGUACCUCGUCCGCAUCGAGCAAAUUGCUCUCCACUCGGCGUCUUCCUUCGGAGGAGCCCAAUUCUAUAUCAGUUGCGCGCAAGUUAGGGUUACUGGAGGAGGAAACGGAACACCCGGCCCUCUCGUAUCCAUCCCGGGCGUCUACAACGGAAAUGAACCUGGUAUCAAAAUCAACAUCUACUGGCCCAUUCCGACGACGUAUGUCCAGCCCGGACCUGCUGUCUGGAGAGGAUAA